AUGUCAGUGACAGCUGUUUGUCUGCUGCUGCCGAAGCUCACGUAACGGAGGCAGAACUGGAGGCAGAACGGUGUAUCUGUGUGUGGUGAAUGUGCGCGGUUACGCGAGUUUGUACUUUGCAACCUGCGUACUCCUGUUCGUACCAGGUUCCCACGACUGCAUUCAAGAAGCUUCCCCUUCGCAUUGAUGCUGCCUGCUUACUAUGAGCGCUGAAAGAGUGUUCAGCUUGCUGAGCAGCAAACCUUCAAGCGAAAUCUCCCAGUCGCCGGAAUAUGCUAGCUUUAGAGCCACCAUCCCCCAGAGGAAGGUGAUAGUUGAUGAAGGUGGCUCCAAAGUGUGGACGUACUAUGACCAUGGUCCACGUAGCAUCAGUUGCCCACUUGUUUGCCUGCCACCAAUCAGUGGUACAGCUGACGUUUUCUUUAGGCAAAUUAUGGCUCUCACGGCAAGAGGAUACCGGGUGAUAUCGUUGGAGUACCCCGUGUACUGGACGAUGCGCGAGUGGGUGGCUGGCUUCCGGAAACUCUUGGACCAUCUGCAGCUCGACAAGGUUCAUGUGCUCGGGGCUUCCUUGGGUGGCUUUCUGGCCCAGAAGUUUGCAGAGGCCACCCACACGUGCCCCAGGGUCCACUCUCUCGUGCUCUGCAAUAGUUUCUCGGACACCUCUAUCUUCUCUUACACUGACACUGCUGUGCUGUUCUGGCUUUUUCCAGCAGUGGUGCUCAAAAGGAUGGUAAUGGGCAGCUACAGCCUUCACCCUGUACAAAGCGACAUAGCUGACUCAAUUGAUUUUAUGGUUGAAAAGCUGGAAAGUUUAACUCAGUCUGAGCUUGCAUCACGACUCACGUUAAAUUGCAUGAACUCCUAUGUGGAACCCCAAUACUUGGAUGGUAUUCCUAUCACAAUUAUCGACGUUUUCGACAGCAGUGCACUAAAACAAGAAGUGAAGGAAGAGCUGUACAAACUCUAUCCACAUGCCAAACGGGCCCACCUGAAACGAGGUGGCAACUUUCCUUUUCUGAGCCGCAGCGAUGAGUUCUCCAUGCACCUUCAGAUCCACCUACGGCAGUUUGAUGGCACACGUUACGCUGCGCGAGAUGGUGUCGAGCCAGUUCCAAGGAGCACGUCCACUCACUCCUGAUGAGGCCAGCACACCUCGUCAAACCAGUGCCUUGAAUUAUUUUACUGGUCUCUGUACAAAUACCGCUUUACUACAGUUUGUUUUUAAUACACAGGCACAGGACUGUAUUGUGAACUGUUUAUGCCAAGAAAUACAAGAAUUACUUUUUUU